AUCUGAAAUAAAAACCUCAACUUUCAGCGAUUCCUUCUCUCUGACGGACUCCAAGCGGCGGUUCUUCGAGAACCACGAUCGAGAAAGCUCUGGACAAAAAUCCUUCUUCUGGAAAAGAGAAACAAAGUCGCUUCAUAGUUGAUAAUAGUGAUCGGAGUUCACAGAAGCCAGUUGCUCAGAGAAAGCGAAAGCGAGAUGAUUUUAACCCCAUUGACAAAAGUGAUAGGUGUGAAAAGAAGCAAAUGAGAAUUAAUAUGAAAAGUAUGGAACAGAAUGUUGACUCUGUGGAUCGAAUAUCCCAAUUGCCUGAACAUAUCAUCCACCAGAUCCUAGCUUCUGUACGUUGCAAAAAGGAUGCAGCCAGGACUAGUAUCUUAUCAAAGAGAUGGAGAGAAAUUUGGGCUUCUUUCUCAAACUUAGUAUUUGAUCAACGUAAAUUCCAUACUCAAGAGAGAAAUUUGCAGGGCGUAUCUGAUUCUCAAGAAAUCAAGAGAAAAAUAGAAGCAUUCAGGAAUUAUGUCAAUAACACUUUGCAGAGCCGUAUUCAGCAAAAAGUCAGUAUACAGAAGUUCAUGCUUCAUGUGACUUACUAUAAUCAAGAACUGGCCGCUAAUGUGGACCGUUGGAUUGAUGCAGCAAUUGAAAGAAACAUUCAAGAUUUAGAUCUCCAUCUCCCAGCAAAGAAAAGAAGAUGCUACAAUUUGCCUCAAAGAGUUUUUGCUGCCAAAACUAUAACAGCAUUAAGGGUUUAUGGGUGUAAGUUGGGAACUUGUGAUGAUAUAAAGCUACCUCAUUUACAGAAACUGUGUCUGGGAAAGCUCCAUAUUGAUGAACAGAUAAUCAGGAAUUUAAUAUGUAUCUGCCCUUUAAUUGAGGAUUUUAGACUGAUUAACUGCAGUGGAUUGAAAACUUUACUGGUAUCUGAUGUUCCUAAUCUUAAACGGGUUGAUUUGCACCUCUGUCGUGGAUUGAAGAAGGUUGAACUUCUGGCACCAAAUCUUGAAAUAUUUUGGUAUCAUGGGAGGAAAUCGUUACCCUGCAAAAUCAACUUGUCUGAAUGCAAAUCUCUUAAGAGUUUGUCACUCGAGGAUGCUAACUUGAAAGAUGAGCUGAUUCAAACUCAUCUCUCUAAUUUCCCUCUCCUUGAAAAGUUGGCCUUAAGCAAGUGUAAUGUGAAAAAUAUUACAAUUUCAGGUUUCCGGAUGAAGACACUAAUCUUCAGGGAUUGCAGAAAGUUGAUAGAGGCUGAUAUUGAUACCCCAAAUCUUCUUUCCUUGGAGUACAAGGGCUGUAUCAUGCCCUUUUCUUCUUUCAAUCCUUCAGGUCUGAAAGAGGCUAAGCUUUACUUUGAGCCACCUAAAGAGAAGGCUAAAGCUGGAUUCUGGCAUGAGGAGGAUGACCAAAUUUGGCUUGCUGGAUUGCAAGAAUUUCUUAGCAAGUUUGAUUACUCAAAAGGUUUGAAAUUGGUUGCCCGCUUCAAAAAGAAUAUCAUCAUUUAUGAAGAAUCAAAUGAAAUCCUUCUUCCUCCUGUCUAUGGUCUCAAACUUGAAAUAGUCAAAUCAUCCCUAGGUUUUGAGGAUCUGCUGGAUAACGUUUUACGAACCUGGCACCCAGAGACACUAUCUAUAAUAUCAUCUUCCAGCAGCAGUUUUUCUAAGAUAGCACGUAAGAAGUUGGUAACCAGUGAAGAGGAGGAACCAAGCUGCUGCAGAUAUAAUACUGUCAGCAACAAAUGUUGGCGGCACUUUCUGGAGCAUUCCAAGGUUGAGAGUCUUUCUUCUACUAGGGCUACCUCUACCUGGAUUGGUUGGUUAAGAAUUACUUCAACCAAGAUGCCACAGACAACUUGUUUCCGACUAAAUUGGAAAUCCCAUAAAUCUUUAAUGCAUGCAUAGGCAAAACUUUACUGAGUCUUGACCAGUUAAUAAGAUUACCAAACUUUCUGGUCAAUUAUUUCAAUUUUCAUGAAUCAAUUGUAGUCAUUGGAACUUGUUUCGAUGGAUUCUAUCGUUACACUGGUUUUCUAUUCAUCCAAUACUUUUGUUUACCAUACACUUGGGAGGUACUAUGCUGCAAAAGCAUCAGGAGAAUGUUGUUUGACACAGUAAAAUGUUCUCUGCUUGUGAUUUGUGAUGCUUUGACGGAGAAAUGACUGAAUGACUAUACAAGUGUAUAUAUUAAUAUUGCUUAAGUGAAACGGAAUCAGAAUCAGAUGCUGAACUAGUCUUCCCGCUGUCUAUGAUUGCAUUGCAUCACUCUCCUCCCCCAGUCAUAAACCGUACCAUAUAUAUAGCAAAAUUUUUCACUCCGCAGCUUGUGUUUUGAAAUGGUAGGGGAUCAAACUAGAAGCAAGAAGACGAGUGGUCAUUGGAUCAUGGGGAUGCCAUCAAGGGAUACAAGAGAUCACACUUGUGUCUGGGACUGCGUAUACUCCAGAGUGGCGUAUGACAGGAAUUGCAGCCCUUUCAUCGCAAGAAAGGUGUUGGCUGAGGUUAGCUCAAAAGCAAUCAUGGUACUUGGGUUUUCAAAUCUCAACGCCAACUUAUUGCAGAUUGAAUCGAGUUUUAAUGUUUAGCUUUUUGUAGAGGUUAAACUACAAUAUUAAGAGGGGUUUGCUCCUGUGCACAAGUGGCCACCUGC